CAGAAUAUUAUCAUCAUAUGGAGUAGUCACUGUGUACAGGCAGGCAGGACAAGCUAUACAAGAAGAUAACAACAAAAAUGAUGAGGAAUUAAUUAUUCUGAAAAUAUCAGCAGCUGCCGAGCUCUCUUCCGCUUCCUUCUUCUGUUUCCCCCUUGCAUCGAAUCGACCAGACAGGCUGAGAUGAAACUUAGUUAUAUAUAAAAGUGCUUGAUACUAGGUGUAUUCCAUUCCAGCCGGACAUGAUUUAGCUGCAUUCGAGAGGCGAAUCCCAGCCCUCUUGGACCCUUUCUUUCGCCUCUCCUCUCCUCUCCUCUCCUCUCCUCCUCCUCUCUCCUCUCCUCCUCUCUCCUCUCUCCUCUUCCUUCUCUCCUCUUUUUUAGACACUUUACGCGUAAACCCGUAAACUUAUUACGGCGCCGGCGCUUUAUUACUAGGGGAGACCGGGGCUAGUUAGAACCUAGCUAGCAGGAGGCUUGCACGGACUACUGUGUAGGCCUGUUCGUUCGCCCUCAAUUCUGGCGGGUACAGUACACACCCAGUAACUUACAGGACAGGGCCGCCGUCGCUUCUUCGUCGUCGUCGUAUUCUUCUUCUGAUUCUUCUUCUUCUUCUUCUUCUUUUCAAUUCAUUCUCUUUUGUUCCGAAGACUUUCUUCUACCUCCUUCUUUUUCUCCAUGUCAGGCAAUCCUGUCUCUUGAACAUCCAACAACAACGACCAAAACACAAGCGACAAUACACAAACUACAACUAACAACUACUCCUACUCCUACGAAAUCUAUUCAAACAACAGCGUAACAUAGCCACCCCGAGUUGUUGUUGUGCGCGCUGAUGCAAAUGAUCAUCUGAUUCUAUACCUCCCUCCCUCCCUCUCUCUCUCUCUCUCUCUCGACAAAAAAACCAUGCUCGAGAAUUAAAAGGGCCGGGAAAAUAUAAUUGAAAAGAAGAAAAAUAAAAGGAGAAAAAAAUAAAAUAAAACAUCCCAAAUCCUAUUCCGACCGUUAUCCGUUCGUUCUCCCUAUUUCCUUAUUGUCCGCCAUCCCCACAUUCAACCACAUUCAAGUUCUCGCCCAAACGUCUUUCGUAUGCGCUGUUUGCAUCGCUCCUGAAUUCUACUUGCUUGUAUCCAGACCCUGUCGGCGUUGUGACAAUUAUAGCACAACACUUCACAGCCGAUAGCGCAUUGAAUCGGUCUUUAUCAUCUAUCGAUAAUCUACUUAUCGUUCAGCUGCUUUUCUGGCGGAUGUGGUAGUGGAUAUUUUCGUUUGAUAUAUAGCAGACUCCUUUUUGCCCGUCAUGGCUACAAAGGCGUCUAUCCUACACCCUCCAAACGAGACCGAGCAUACCAUGUCUCGCGUCACCCAGGAGGGCAAAAAACUCACCUACCACCUCAAGGUCAUUCAGCAGCCUGAGCGCGCCAGAGCAUGUGGUGCUGGAGCGAAAUCCUCUGCGGACCGCCGACCUGUUGACCCGCCGCCAGUGGUCGAAUUGCGCGUGUACGAAUCAGACCUAAAUGAUCAGCACAAAACAGAUGUCACUUUUAGCUACAAUGCCAACUUCUUUCUGUUUGCGACCCUCGAGUGGGCACGACCAAUUGCCCAUGGCAGAGUCCAGACGCAGACCCCUUCCUGUCCCGUGCUGACAGGCGUGCCCGUUGCGGGCAUUGCAUAUCUGGAUCGACCAACCCAGGCGGGAUACUUCAUCUUCCCUGAUCUUUCCGUCCGUCACGAGGGCCUGUACCGGUUAAACUUCAACUUGUAUGAGGAAAUGAAGGAACCCAAGCAUGCCGAUAAAGGUGGACUAGUACCACACCACCCGCAGAACCAUCUGGUGCCGUCCACGCCGUCGAAACCCCGUUCACCGCAUCAGUUCCUCCACUUCCGUUUGGUUGUCAAAUCCGUCCCGUUCACCGUUUACAGCGCGAAGAAGUUCCCUGGCCUGGCCGAGAGUACCACGUUGAGUCGCAUCGUGGCAGAGCAAGGUUGCCGUGUCCGGAUCCGCCGCGAUGUUCGUAUGCGUCGUCGCGAACCGAAACCCAACAAGGACUAUGGUGCCUACGACGACAGGCAUAGGGCCACCCCAGAUCCAUACCCGGGAACUCCUAUCGAACGUCCGCGCUCGACGAGCAACGCCUCCAUCGACGACCCUUACAGAUACCCCACAGCACCACCACAGGUCCAACCGAGUCCCGAGUACGGCUACCAUCAUCCAUCUCAUCAGCAACCCUCUCCUGUCCCUACCGCAGCUCCGCACUUACUUCUAUCCUUUGGCGCCCAUGCACAAUAUCACGUUCCUCCCCCGCCACUACACGCCGCCGCCGCACACCCCGCUGCACCAUCCACUGCCUAUCCUUCUCCCCAUCUUGGUUACGUACAUACCCGACAAAUCUCUGGCGGUUCAGAGUACGACCCCCUCGGGCAAAAGUAUUCCCAGUACCCACCUACCAGCCCUCACUCGGAUGUAUACGACCAAUCGAAGCCUUCUAUGCCCAUGAACCCAUCAAUGGAUCACCCCCCCUACCAGCAAAUGUCCUACGACCAACGCCUCGCAGAUCCAAAACUUUAUAACCCACCAUCUCAACUCCACCACGCUCCUCCUCCUCCUCCUCCUCAACAACAACAACAUCAACAUCAACAUCAACAUCAACCACCCCCAUCCUCAGCAGCAGUAGCACAAACCACCCCGCACCGAACUCCCGCCAAACCAACAAUCCUCCCACCAACCCCAUCCUGCCUCUCCGUCGAAAUCGACCCCGCCGCCGAAGCCGACGACACAAUCUUCAGCGCCACGCGCACCCGCCGCGGCUGGGUCCUGGACGAGAAGCCCGGCCCCGCAAAGCGCACCCGCGACACCUCCGAGCACGACCACCAGCCCCUGCGCAACGGCCAGCGGCCUGUCAUGUCCGGCGACGAAAGGGGCAGCGGCGAACUCAGCGAGACAUCUGGCGGGUCUGACGACGAGGUGAUGAUGUACCGGCGGGCGGAUGGGCGGACGGUGUGGAAGCACCGCGCGUCGGCGAAUUCGAAGGGGAAGGAGGUUAAUAUUCCGCGCGAUUUGGAUUUGGUUCCUAGGCGGGCGGAGGUGUGUCCUCUUCUUGAGUAAAAAAAAAGGGGGGGGGGGGUUGGUAGUUUGCUCUAUUGAGGGAGGGGGUUCUAUGGAUGGGGAAUGAAUA